AUGCGCAUUGUCUGGGCAAAUGUUGCUACUCAAGGUGUUGUCUUAGCCGCAACAAUUGUCCAAAACGGAGGUGUCGCGGCUGUGUUUGCUGUUAACCUAGUACUGGCACAACGGGUUGUUCGCGCGAUGCAUCCUUCAUUUGGCUGGGGUCUCGGCUUCACGAUCUUCUCUCAAUUCUUGAUCUUCUCUAUUCCUGCAGUCAUUGCUAUGAAUGCCGUUUCCGUUUCUGUAAACUUCUUUAGCGUUGACCCUGUUCAGCGAGAAGUCACGGAGGAACUACUGAUGUUUGGUUCAUCUUGGAACUUGAUGGUGGCCGCCAUGCCACUAGUUUGGGUGUUUCUUGCGACUGCCAAACCAGGUCCCCGGAUCGAGAAUUUUGGCGUCGGCGAAUUUCGGUCCAAAACGAGCUUACUAGUCUUUGGUGCAAUCACAAUGUCGGUUGGGGCAGGCGUGAGAUUGGCUAUCUCGGUGAAUGGCCCCAGCUUUACAUCUCCGCUAUCAGGCAAAAUCGUUUUCUACAUGACUGGUUUCUUGCUCGAAAUUAUAACUGUGGCUGCCUACGCCUACUUUCGACUUGACUUAUCUUUUCACAUUCCUAAUGGUUCGAUCGGGCCUGGUGCCUAUUCGAAAGAUCCAGACACAGGCGAAAAGGACCGCAAAGACAUCGAAGAAACCAAAGACAUCGAAGAGGAGCCAUGGUCAUACCCUGCUUCCAUGGGGGACAACAAGUUUUGA